GUCUGAGAGGCAGUCAGAAACAGAGCAGAGCAAGGGAGCAGAGGUGAUCUCACACUCAUCAGCACAGGAUAACACAACCAUGAUGGGUUGACUUGGGGGGGGAGCGGUUGGAGAGGAAGUGUGCAUUCGCCACCACUUGCUCAGCUAUGGAGACCAACAAAGUUCUUCAUUUCGUGCCUUCGGAGGCGCCUCCCUCUGGGAUGUCCAAGAAUGGAUACUUUUUUCAAGAAAUGGAGCAGCGGGAGGCGGAGCAGGAGGAGGGCAGCGAGGGCCGAGAGGAGGGACAGGACUCGCCGAUCGCCUGCGGAGAUGACAUCCACCUCUAUGACAACCAGAUCAGCCCCGGACCAGAUGCGGAUGACUCUGGUUGUGUGUUACUGAAUACAUCAAGAAAGUAUGUGAAGCUGAUGAACUUUGAAGAGGAGGUUCGGGCUCACCGGGACCUGGAUGGCUUUCUGGCGAGGGCGAGUAUCCUGUUGGAUGAGACCGCAGCCUCCCUGGACGACGUCCUGAAGAGAAUGUUGCAUCACGUGGGUCAGGACAGCAAUGCCUCUGAGCCCAGCUGCAACUUCGAGGAGGUGAUGAGCAUGCUUUUCACAGAUGCAGGCGCUCAAGAGGUCAACGACAAGUCUCAAAGUUUCGUUUUCUUUGAUGACGUGCACCUCCUGUCAGAGACGAUCCAGGGAGUGACAGCCACCGCCACCGGAGUCCAGUACCAGCAGUCAUGGCUCUGCAUCCUCUGCAACGUGAAGAGUCUCCAGAGGCGUCACGUGUGCAUCUCCCGCCUGGAGAGGCCGCAAAACUGGGGGGAAAACUGCUGCGAGGUGCGCUAUGUCAUCCUGAUACUGGCCCCGCUCAAAAUGAAAAGCACCAAGACAGCGAUGGAGCUGGGCAGGACGUUUGCAACCCUGUUCUCCGACAUCUCCUUCCGGCAAAAGCUUUUAGAGACCAAGACGCAGGAGGAGUUUAAGGAGGCGUUGGUGUUCCAGAGGCACCAGCUGACAGCGACCAACCAGCAGCCCACCGCUCUGGGGAUGGAGGAGACAGACCCCCGCAGUCAGAAACCCCUCAAGUGUAAAGAUUUCUUCAAAGCCGGCCGGGGGAUUUACGAGGACUUGUGCCGCCGACUGCCUUUCUACCUCUCUGACUUCACAGAUGGUAUAGUUGGCAGUAAUAAAACCCUGCUGAAGUACAUGACCACAGCCAUCUUCCUCUACAUCGCCAUCCUCCUUCCCGCCAUCGCGUUCGGCUCGCUCAACGACGAGAGCACACGCGGCGAGAUUGAUGUCCGCAAGACCAUCAUCGGCCAGUGCAUCGGCGGGGUCAUCUACUCGUUGUUCGCCGGUUCUCCUCUAGUCAUCCCUCUAACCACAGCUCCCCUUGCCAUCUUCAUCAGCGUUAUCCGAGGAAUCUGUGACGACUACAACCUGGACUUCCCAGCCUUCUACGCCUGCAUCGGCCUUUGGAACUGCCUCUUCCUCAUCCUGGGGGGGAUCUUCAACGUCAGCCUCCUCAUGAAGCUCUUCAAAAGGUCGACAGAGGAGGUCAUCGCGCUCUUCAUUUCCACUGCAUUUGUUGUUGAUGCAGUCAAAGGCACAGUCAAUAUCUUUCACAGGUACUAUCACGCCCCGACGCUGGCCAACAGAAGUGCGGAGGACUUCCCUCGGGGCGCAGACCUGUUAGGAGGAAACAGGAGCGAGGUGGCGGCGGGCUUGGUCCUCAACGCCCUCCCCGAAUCCUUCAUCCAUUGCACUCGGGAGAGGCCCGUCCUGUGCCUCCUGCUGAUGCUGGGGACAUUAUGGAUGGGCUACACCCUCUACCAGUUUAAAAGGAGUCCAUUCCUGCAUGCCAAAGUGAGGGAGGUGCUGUCGGACUGCGCUCUGCCGAUCUCUGUGCUCAUGUUCUCCUUCAUCGGCUCCUACCUUUUCAGUGACAUUGAGCUUCCAGUCUUUAAAGUUCACAACCGACCCAUCUUUAAAGUGGCUCCGUUCGAGCGCCUGUCGGCCAUGAACGUGGUCAGCGCCAUGGGCCUCGGCUUCCUCCUGGCGCUCCUCAUCUUCAUCGACCAGAACAUCGUUGUGUCUCUGACCAACGCUCCAGAAAACAGGUUGCUGAAGGGCACGGCGUAUCACUGGGACCUGAUGCUCUCCGGGCUCAUUAACAUACUGAUGUCGGUGCUGGGGUUGCCCUGGAUGCACGCCGCCUUCCCCCACUCCACCCUCCAUGUGCGCCAGCUGGCUUUCGUGGAGCAGCGCGUGGAGGGGGGGCACCUCUACGAGACCAUCGUCCAGGUGAAGGAGACCCGGCUGACGUCCCUGGCUGCCAACAUCUUCAUCGGCGUGUCGGUGCUGCUGCUGCCCCUCCCCCUGCAGUGGAUCCCCAAACCCGUCCUCUACGGCCUCUUCCUCUACAUCGCCCUCACCUCCAUCGACGGAAACCAGAUGUGCGACCGCAUGGCUCUCCUCCUUAAGGAGCAGACGUCUUACCCGCCUACCCACUACAUCCGCAAAGUGCCCCAGAGGAAGAUCCACUACUUCACCUUCCUGCAGAUGAUGCAGCUGCUGGUGCUGUGUACGUUUGGCAUGUACCCGAUACCGUACAUGAAGAUGAUCUUCCCUCUGUUCAUGAUCCUGCUAAUCCCAAUCAGGAACAAUGUUCUUCCUCAUAUCAUUGAGGCCAAAUACUUGGACAUAAUGGAUGCUCAACACAUGUAGCUACAGAUGGAGAGAAGGAAGCUCUGGGUCCGAACAUAGACGUCUGGAGUUAAAAAAAAAAAAAAAAAACGAGAGAAAGAGGAAAAAAAAAAAAAAACCAGAAAUGAGGAUUAAAAAAGAAAAAACAUAUUUUUCAAUGCAAAACUGUAUGGAAGCAAAAAGGAGAAACCGACUGUUUUGAUUUUUGUAUCAGAUAUGGACAUUCUUUAACAGGUGAAGCACUGGAAAUGUGGGAAGUCGAGCGAGAAACAAGAGAUGAGUCACGGGAAAUAUUUUCCAAACGCGGACAGACGGAUGGACAGAUGGACGGACGGAUGGACGGCAUCUCUCUGGGGGGGAAAAAAAAAAAGAAGUUGUCUGAAAACAGGACCGACCAGAACUCCCUGUUUCACCUCCGUCUACUCGUUCAGUGCCAUAUACCUCCAUGUUCUCCUCUCACACUUUUUCUUUUUUUAUGCUUUACCGUUACCCGAGUGCAACGCGCUCGUACGGCGGCGAAGUACUCGCUAAUACGUGUAAGUAACGAAAAAAUGCUGCCAGUAAAGUAUUCAGAAAGGUGCAAUGGCACAAUGUAAGAACCAAUAACUAAGCUUUUUUUUUUUGACACUUUGCACUCACAUUGUGUUUUUACACUGUGUUUGGGUACAUUUUACAUACUUACACCGUGUUAACCAGUACUUCCCCGCCCCCUUAAUACUGCAUUUAGGCCAGUGUAAAGUUUUAUAUCCUGUCGUCGUGCAGUGUUGAAAUUUACCUAAACAUUCCUGCACCUUUUAGCUGUGGCUUCCCCUGUUUUUUUCCAUUAUAUUUAGUUUAGUCAGUAAGUCACUCCAAUAAAGCUCAGCGUUCAGUACGGAGAGGAAAAAAGGAGUGUGUAUAUGUGUGUGUGUGUGUGUGUGUGUGUGUGUGUGUGUACUUCAUCUGCCAGCUCUUCAAAAAAACCUCAUUUUUAAGGUGGAAUUGAAGUGUUCAACCGUUAAAAAAUACAUUCCACAGGUAUAUAUUAUAUGUAAUUAUUUAGAUCGACAGCACAAACCAAAACAUAUAGUUAAAUCUUUAUCAAAUUAUGAAUAUAUUAGAGUAUAUUAAGGCAAUAUUACAAAAGUAUUUUAGGUUAAAUUGAAAUAGAAUAUUUAUUUUCUCUUUGGAGAUGAUUUUUUUGUGUGUGUUUACCCCCGGACAGGUCAGAAAUGUGUGAUUAUCUGUUUGCUCCUUUACAUUCCACAGAUCCUGUUUCUUGUAUUUUUAUUGUUUUGUCUUAGAUUUUUGCCGCAGUGUUUACAUAUCCAAGUCCCUUCCGGCUCCAUGUCAACACGGUUCUGGUGAACUGUUAGUAAAGAAGAGAGUGAGUAAGUGUAAAAAAAAAAAAAGAAGAAGAAGAAGAAGAACAAACUGACUAAAAA